GUCAUGUUGUUUAUGUCAUUCACCUUUUCAUAACAUUCAUUUGUUUCGUUUCAUGACUAAUUCCAAUUCAUCACGUUGAUUAAUAACUCGAACUCUUCAAUUAGUUUUAGUCAAUGAGCGAAUCGCGGCCGCAUCAAGAUGGGUAAAAGAGGUGUGGUUUGACAAAGUUCGUCAAGAUAACGACUUUAUCAGCGAUUUUAUCGCCGCACGCAAUUAGUCCGGAGAAUUGACGCAUUAUGCAGGUGUUCUACUAGCUAGUUAGACUCACAAUGGUUGAGGCCAGGCCAUUGUACGAAACACACUUCGGUGGUGCAGAUGGCGAAAAUCUACCCGAGGAUGAUUACUUUUACGAGGAAGAAGUGGAGAAAAAAGGCGGAUGUGAUUCAUGUAUGACGCGAAUCCCGUAUGCCACCCUCAUAGCCACCAUCAUGUGUGUGCUGGGGGUGGUCGUAUUUUGCGUAACGAUGUACCGAGGUUCAACGCUGGCGCUGCUCAUGUUUGAUCAAGUCUUCAACAUUCGGCUGUUCUGGAUCGAGGCCGUGCAGAUGACUUUUGUGAUCAUUGGUGCUUGUAUGGGAGCAUUGGGAUUCAUGAUUUUGACUGUUGGGUGUCUCACAACUGGUGCAACCAGGUUUAAAGUAUACAAAGCCUGGGGGUCUAGAAUUGGUGGCAGAAUUAGCUGUGCAGUGUUCAUGGUCAUCACUUACAUCUUGCAGUUUGCUUGGAUCUUUAUGUUCAUCUUUCUCGUAGUCGUCACGUUCCUCUUCACGACGUUCUGGUUCAUGUGCGCCAACGACCACGUCUCUUCCGGCAAAACGUGCAUUGACUUUACACAAUUUUACUUUUACUUUCCUGAUGGACACAAACAGGAACACAUGAAAGUAUGCGACACGCAGAAUGUUAAAUUAUUCUGCAAGGAUUACGUUGAAAAGGCCGAGAUUAUGUUUAUCUUGGCUACAGUUUCAUGUAUUUUGAUCAUUUUAAGUUUGGUUCAUUAUUUGAUGUGCUUGUCAGCAAACUACGCACACAUUCGGGAUCAUGAGAAAAUGCAAGAGUUGCAAGAUUUACACUACUUACAAGAACCAGAUCUCAGUCACAAGGAGUCGCGCUUCUAGGAUACGGCCCAGGAAAUACACACACCGCGAUUGUCUGCUAAAUUUAGGAGGAGCUUCCAGUAAGUGCAUAUAUUUCCCCCCUAAUAUUUGCAUUUAACUCUAAUCUCAUACAAAACGAAGCUAAAGUAAAUCAAACAACUAACAUUAUUGACAAAUUGACACGAUAACGUUGACGCACACAGAAUACUUUAUUUUUUUACGAAGCACACAUUCCGACGUGGCCAAAACAAAACACAAAACAAUCAUAAUCAAAGUAUAUAAAAAACGAAGAAAAUGUUUGUGUAGCAGACAUAAAUUGGUGUAUUUCCUGGACAAAUUAGAAAUCAUAAACAUUCACUCAUUAGUUCAUGAUUCAUCAAUCAUUUGUUAAGCAGCUCAAUGUUUCGACUAGUUUACAAAUUUCAGUUCAUUCCGUCCCCAUUUGACUUUACUUAUUACUAGGUUUAUACAAUAUACAACAUUUUUGAUCAAAUUUAAUUGAAUUGAUCAUUGAUCUGUAAUGACUCCGAAAGCGAACAAGCCAGUUAUGAUAUUAGGAGUUGAAAUAAGAAAAGGAGAAUCGCGAUAGAAACCCAGGGACCACCGAGACUAGCGAAUGCACUUCUAGAAGACUAAAACACGACUGAACACGCUUUUAUGCCGGCGGGCGACCCGCGAAAAGUGGAAGGGGGAGGGUACGGUUGACUAAGCGCGCGCCAAGACACAAACUGCGGACAGAACCAAUUCCUAUCCUAACUAGUUUUAGCGGGUAGUACGCAUGUAUAGAAGGCGAACGCGCAGUGAGCAUCGCACUCAAUCGUGCCUGAAUCGUAGUGCAUUCCAGUUGCAGCUCUCUAGAUUCCUCUCUUAUGGUUUGCUUUCGGGUGAUUACAGAUCAGUGAUUAUGCUACUCCAACGUACAAAAUUUUACAAAUAAACUACAAAUAUUCACACAAUAAUUAAAACCACACACACAAUAAACUGUUGAGACAAUUUUAAGCUUUAAUAGAAUAAUUUAAUACAAUUCCGUAGUAAUCACGAAUAUAUUAUAUUUAUCCACACAAUUAACUCUAAGUACACUUAAUAUAAUAUAUAAUAUCAAAUACUGCAAGAGAUUCAAUUUAAAACGCAUUUAGAAGUAAGUUCCAAUCAAAUGUUCAUAUUGUUUAUGUUAUACAAGUAGAAAAUUAGGAAAAUAAGUUAAACUUAAGUUAAAAUUCGAAGAAAAACGUCUGAAAUCAUAUCACACGAUCACAAUAAUGUAUAUGAUAUAAAUUUAUAAAUUUUUGUAUAACAUUUAGGCCUAAGAUUGUUAAAUGUGCACAAGUUGUUAGUUUUUUCUAGACUGUUUUUUGUACAUCGAAAUAUAAUAUAAUUUUUCACCUUUUGGGAAAGUAAAAAUGGAAAAA